GCGCCCUCUCUUGAGAGGCUAAUCUCUGAAGAAGUGGGAACAGGCUACAGGGGGAAAAAAAAAACGAAUUUUAAAAAUGUAGAAGUCACUAGGCUGCAUUCCUCGGAGAACAACCCAAUCUCCCAGAACUGAGUAUCAGCGCAUAUGAAGUUGGGACCUUAGAGCGAAGGGGGAGGGGAGUGGUGCAGCCAGCAUUCUCUUCUGGAAGGAGUCACUGCAAGCCCUGCGGUUGGACAUAAGUUUGCGUAAGAGUGUUUUCCUUUUGUCAAUUAUUAAUCACCGGAAUCAGUUUGGCAGAACUGGAGUUUUAGCAGUAGUGCAGAGGGCGGGGCCGAACACCUAACUCUGGGAGCCUCAGCUGCGCCCAGCACAGACAGUGACAAGCUAACAGAAGCUGGGGAGAAGCCAGAGCAUCUAAGCUCACUCUAAGGCAGGAGGCUACUGUAGGCUGUAGCACACAGGAGUCAGCUGCCAGCAGACAAAGAAACAGAGCCCAGAGAGGAGAAAUAAUCUACUCCAGACUGUGCAGAGGAAAAGCAUCACCGAGUACCAAGCCUGGAUCCUCCUGCACAGGCAGACUUUCCACAGCUUGAGGAAGAACCAUGGAUGUUAAGCGUGUGAAGGAGUAUUUUGCCUGGCUCUACUAUCAAUACCAAAUCAUCACCUGCUGCGCUGUCAUGGAGCCUUGGGAACAAUCGAUGCUCAACACCAUCAUACUAACCAUUGUGGCUAUGGUGGUAUACACUGCCUAUGUCUUCAUCCCCAUCCACAUCCGCCUGGCUUGGGAAUUUUUCUCCAAAAUAUGUGGAUAUGACAGUUCCAUUUCUAACUGAUCUCAUGUGAAUUCUGUGAAAUGGCAUAAUGUAUUCACGUUGCUUACAACUUACUGACUUGGGUGACUGUAUCAUCUUUCACCUCUGACCUGACCAGCACUCUCUCUAUGCACUGUCCUGCACAUUCUGCCUGGAGUAUGAGAUAGGAUUUUCCCCACUUGCUUUUGUACAUGCAACAUUGUGCAUCAGGUGAUAGAAAAGGCAAUGACUUUAACCCCAUAGCCCACAUUUGCUCAACUCUAUGGCUUUAGAUUUCUUUUGAAAUCAGGAUGCUUUGAAAUAAAACUUUUGUGGUAAAUAGGCUUAUAAGAGACAUGACAAAGUCAUAUUUACACUAUUCUCUUCAUAUUAUUCUAUAUUAAAGGAUAUGUUACAAAAGUAUUCUUCAUAGGCUACUGUCAAAAGUACCCUGUACUUGUUUACAACUUAUUAAAAGACGGGAAUAGAUGAACCUUUAAAGUCUUAUUUUCUGGGAAAUAGCUAAUACCUAAAAUUCAUUUCUUCUUCUUUCUUAAAUUUUCUUUUUCUUUGCUUUAGCUAAAAUUCUUUUAGUUUAAAGUAACAGGCCAGAGAUGGUUACCCUUUAUUCAGAUUUUGUUUCAGCAUCGUUUCAAAUGCUCCUGAAAUCUGGCUUUAUUGCAGCUUUAAAGGAAUGAUGAUUUUUUUUUUAGGUAAACAAAUAGCUAUUAUACUAGAGAAUAAUUUAAGUUUAAGAAACAAAGGAUAAUCAAAGCAAAUUCAGAUAUUGUGACUUUUGAUCACGCCCCACUUUACAUGAUGCUGGAGACAGAAGAAGAGAGAGUGUUAUUUGGUUGUUUGGCUGUGCCUUCAGUGAGAGGAAGGGAAGCUGUGUGUCCUGGGCUACAGGAAGAAAAGCUAACAAAUAGGCUGGAAGUAAUAGCCAGGCAGUGGGGAGCCGGCAGCUCCAGUUAAGGGCUUUGAUAUAGCAGCUCCUUUGCACAGCACGAACAAGAUUUAUUAAAUUUCUCUCAAAAUGUUUAUCUUCAAAGCAAAUGCGAGAUUUUAAUUAUAGUGCUGAGUCAAACAUAAAAACCAAAGACCAAGCCUCGCAGCUUUUCUUUCCUCCCAAUAAAUAUUAACGUUAGUGAUUCUGGUAAAAAUAAUAAUAAUAAUAAACAGGCUUUGGACAAUAUUGGCACCUUCGUUUUAGGAGAAAAAUAUCCCAAGGAGACAUCCAAAGAAAGAUAUUUGGCAUGCAAAAAUCAACCUGCAUGUCUGUUUAAAAAAACGAAAUGUACAUUUUAAAGAGAAACCAGAUAUAAAAUAUAUACUUGCUGAUUUUUGCAAAAUAAAAUGACAUUUACUUUUAUAAGCAAA